AUGACGGGUCGUUCAGGCCGAGGUGUGUUUGGUAAACUUUUCUCAAAGAAGCAGCAUCAAAGAGAUGAUAGAGUUACAGAGAUUGGUAUGCCCACUAAUGUUAAACAACAUAUACACGUAAGCAUGAACUCUGAGACGGGAAUGUUGGAAGGAUUACCUUCAUCAUGGCUGAGACAACUGAACGCCCAGAUAUCGCCAAAGGAACAAAACGAAAACCCCAACGCUGCCAUUCAAGCCGUAGCUUUCCAUAAUUUCCAUGUUUUGAAAAAGGAACAGGCUGAAAACGAACCAUGCAAACCUAUAGUCACAGAAGAGGCAAUCACAAAGGAAGGGUUGGAGAUGAAAAAAUUUCUGGCUAAGAAAAAUGCUCACCAAAGUCAAGAUUCAGAUAUUUCUAUAGGUCAAAGCAGCGAAGAGGAUGUUGCUCCUGAAACAUAUACUCAAAGACAAACAAUGCCAGUCGCACCAACCAAAAACAAUCUUAAAAAGAAUGAUGCCAUGAUGGAUUUAACUGCUAUAGUAGAGGACCUGACUCUUAUUGGUAAUAAGCCUGAAGAAAGUCCAAUUCUAAGAAAGAAAGAACUGAUUAAUGCAACACUCAAUGAUGAAGAAAUAUAUGAAGAAUUAAGAAGGAUUUGUAAUAAAGAUGACCCAUAUGUUCGGUUUGAAAGAAUCAAGCAACUUGGUGCAGGGGCUUCAGGAGUCGUGUUCAUAGCAAUAGACAGAAAGGAAAAUGCAAGAGUUGCGAUCAAAGAUAUAGAUCUAACAAAACAGACCAAAAAAGAUCUCAUAUUGAACGAGGUCAAUGUACUAAAGGAAUUCAAUCACAAAAAUCUAGUUAACUUCUUAGACGCGUACCUUUGCUUCGAUCAUCUAUGGGUGGCCAUGGAACUGCUCGAUGGUGGAUCAUUGACAGACGUUGUUACAGAAGUUGUGAUGAGAGAAGGGCAUAUAGCUGCUGUUUGUCGCGAAACUUUACAAGCCAUAGCUUUCCUACAUUCAAAAGGCACGAUACAUAGAGACAUCAAAUCGGACAACGUGCUUCUAGGUAUGGAUGGGACAGUGAAAGUGACUGAUUUCGGAUUCAGCGCGAACAUCGUCGGCGAUGAGAAACGCCAGACGAUGGUGGGUACGCCGUAUUGGAUGGCGCCGGAAGUAGUUACAAGGAAACAGUACGGAAAGAAGAUAGAUGUAUGGUCUCUUGGAAUUAUGGCCAUCGAAAUGAUCGAGGGUGAACCGCCGUACAUGAAAGAGAAUCCUUUGAAAGCGCUUUAUUUGAUCGCUGCUGUCGGACGACCAAAGAUUCCUAGGUGGGACAAAUUGUCACCAGAGUUCCAAGACUUUUUGGACAACUGCCUCCAAGUUGACGCGGACGAAAGAGCAACAGCGGAAGAGCUUCUAGCCCAUCCGUUCCUUGAAUGUGCCAGUGAGUUGAGAUCCCUCACUCCACUAAUCAAAGCUGCCCAGAAAAUUUUGCAGAAAAACAUGGACUAA